GCCAAAUCCUGAGUUCCCAACUGAACCUGUGGCCAAGAUUGUUAUCGAAAUCCUCGAAACAACAGACAAUCAUUCACCAAAACAAGUUACUCUCUCAGUUGUAGCAUGUGCUCCAGGUGUCACAGUAGGCACUACUGAAGGAACAACACCAGGAACAACAACUGGAACAACAACUGGAACAACAGCAGGAACGACAUCCACUGUUCAAGCUACAGGUGAAACAACAAUAACAAUUGCAACUGAAGAAACGAAAGCAGCUACCGCUGGAAGUACAACUGCAGGUGAAGUCAAGACAACAUCCGAAGUUGAAGAAUCUACACAAGGAACAACACGUGAAGUCGUUGAAACAACCGGUGAGACAGCUCCAACUGUUCUAACAACUGGCGCCAGCACACCUCAGCCAGCAGAAACCACCACAACAACGUUCCAAUGCAAUCACAUGGAGUAUAUCGAUAAAUUGAUUGCAUCAAAUUCGGUUAGCAUAGUCUCAGAGAACAUAGCUAACAAAGAAGACCUUAUCAACCGCGGUGUCGACUUUGUCGAACUAAAUCCAAUCAUAGUGAUCGACAUUCCAAAGAACGGUGCCAUCGUUCGAGACGUUAAAGUGACAUCUACGAACGGCGCUGCAAUCGUGGUGACUUUGACAACAGUUGAAGGUGAAACUUUAUCGCCAAUACGUGGAAAUCCAACGAGCCUGCCAAAUGAUAAGUUCCCA